AUGCUUCCUGACGGAAAAACAAACUUGACAACAGUUCUUCCUGUAACUUUUCAGACUCCAGCAAGAGUUUCUCUGAAUGGGUCAGUGUUUACCAGCAACUUUACUGUCAUCUUCUUUGGACGUGUUUCUUUCCAUGACAUGUUUGCCUGCCUGCAACUCAACGCCACCCCUAACAUCCAGCCUCAUUUAGAAAUUCACUUCCAGCAUUCUUUGCCUUUGCUUCAGUCUCUGGGGAUUGCCAGAGAGAACCAAGUGAAGGUGUCAGCCAUGAGAGGUGACAAGUAUAAGGGCAGGCUUGGUGUUGUCCUUGGGCCUUGCAGUAUAAACGCUGAUGGAGAAGUGAGCAUGGCAAGCAAUGAAACAGACACAGAAUGGGUACUUACUUUUAGAAACAAGUGCGUCAGUCUAGAGAGGAUGGGAUUGCCUCAUGCUGUAGCCUUUGGGGGCUCAUUUCGACAGAACAGCUGCAAUGUUGGCUUGUUAAUGAACCUCCACUGUGAUGGCAGAACGGUUGAUGUGCAGAUAGACACUUCCUGCGAACACGAAUAUACACUCCAAGGGAUGCUCAGGCAUUCAGUUCACUGGCUGAGUCAGCUUGGGUUGCCUUUUGAAAACUCUGUCCUGUUAUCUGCAGGCACAGACUCCACCACUGAGGGCAUUUUGUUGCUGCAGGCUGGCAAAUGCAAACUUAAGGCUAGAGGAGAUCUCUAUACUCAGAAUAAAACUGAAUGGACACUGGAAACAGAAACAGAAUGUCAGCUUCUGCAGGAGCUCAGAAUUCCAACUCAGUCACGGCUCACAGGAUCUAUUCAGAAAGAUGAGUGCCAGGCAGAACUUCUCUGUGUCCUUGAAAUAGAAGGCAAGACUGCCCAUCUUGAAGUGAAAGCAGAGUGCAAGCCAAAGAUUACACUGGCAAUUCAAUUCAGGCAUGACCUCCCUCAACUGAAGGAAAUCUCCAAGGAAAAUAAGCUGUUCAUCACUGCACAAAACCAGUUAAAAUAUCAUAUUGGAAUAGGAAUGAAAUCAGGUGCUUGUGAGCUUCAAAUGAACGGGGACUUCAACCCUGAAAAGAACCUUCAGUGGAAAAUAUUUAUAGAAAACAAAUGCCAAACAAUUCAGGAUCUUGGAGCACCACUAAAAAUUGAUGGUUCAGGCUAUGUUUUGAUGGAUAAGAUGAACCUAGAUUCACAGACUCUGAUCACAGUUGAUGAAAGUAAAUUACAAGGACUCCUUAUACUAAAAGCCACUGAGGAAAGACAAGAGUUGGAUGCAGUGCUGACCCAUAACAUUCAAGGAGCUGCUGACAUUGGCAUUCCUAUGAGGGUGUUAGUUGAUGUGAUAUCAGAAAAAAACAGCACCUUCUAUAAAAGACUUAUUCACUUCUGUGUGAACAGCAAGCAAAUUACAGAAGAACUGAGCUUUGUCCAGGAGUUGGAUCUUGUGUCUCUUAACUACAAGCUUACUCAUAACAUAGAGGCACUGAAGACUUUGCAAAUAAAAGACAAGAUUGAGUUGCAGGCUAUAUUAAACCUGAAAGUGAUCAAGAGCUUUAGUAUGAAAGCACAUUAUGGUGCUCACCUAACAGUUCUUGAAGGACAAAUCCAGGAGUUUGAAACAAGUACCAACAUAACUGGAAAUUUCCAUCAUACUUGGCCAUGGCUGCUACAAGCCAGAGUCCCAUCAUCUUUACAGGUAGAUAUGGUUUUUCAAGGGAGAGACAACACUACUCAAGAAAGAUAUAUACACAUUGCAGUUGGAGAAACAUCAAUCACAUACGUAAUAAACUCCUAUUAUGUUGAUCACCAAGUGGAUAUCUUUUGCCAAAGCGUACAUAGUAGCGAGGCACUACAGGUGUUUGGCUACCCUAAGGCAAUCAACUUGAUUCUCAGUUUACAGAAAUCAGAAAACAAAGCCAAGUUUAUCGGUGAAAUCCAGUAUGAUGACAAAGAUAUAACUGUGGCUAUGGAUGUUGACACAGACUUUCAACUCUGUGGUAUAUUUGAAUUCAUGGCAGAGGUAAAGCAUUCAAUAUCACUUCUCCAUCAUCUGGGACUUCCCUUCUUUCUUAAGAUGACAAUUCAAGAAGUCCUGACUGAAAAUGAAAUGGAAGGAGCUCUGAGGCUGACCUAUGAACAGAACACAAACUUCUCCUUUACCGUCAGUAGGAAAAAAGACCAGCAAGGUGAAGAGUUGAAUAUAAAAGCACUCCAGACUCAUCCCUUCUUUCUACAGUACUUCCCCAGUGCAGCAGAAGUGUCUUCUAAGGUAAAUUAUGAUAUGAGUGAAGCAAAAGGCAAACUCUACCUCAGGAUGGAAAAAAGGGAUUUCAAUGUUACAGCUAAGCUAACUUUCAUUGGAACCAGCUACACUAAUGUCAUUGAAAUAAUACAGACAAUGUCCCAGUUAAUUCUUCCAAGGCAGCUUGUGUUUAUGACGGUUUACCAAAAAGGCAACAGGACACGUAUGCUGAGGCACACUGCUCUGUGGGAUGGCAAAGAGGUAAAGGUAAUGGGCACUUACACUGGACCCUUCCCAAAGUUGCCUGGAGGUCAUGAUCUUCAGGUGGAACUUUUCCAUCCUCUCUCCAUCCCUUUCCCAUGGCAUGCCAGAGUCAACUUAUAUGUGAAACAUUCAGCACGCAAUCACCAGGAUGAUCUUACUGUCAUUUGGAAUGAGAAGGACCAGAUAUCAGUGUCAUCUUCUCUGAAGUUUGGAAGAGACCAGACGAACUACAGAGCCAGUGUUGCCCACCCAUUUAAUUACACUCUGAAGCAACUGGAGAUCCAUUGCCUGUCAGAAAGGAGAGGCAGAAAGUACAACCAGCAGCUGCAGCUCACAGGGAAUGGUGGGCAGCCUGCUGACAUCCGCCUGACCCUGGAGGAUAAAUCAAAGACGAACAUCACUGCCUGGAAUGGCUGUAUGACACUCUCCUCAGGUCAGCUUCAGAGAGUAUUAAGUAUGGAACACCUGCAGGCAUGUGGGUCUGUAGAGCAAAGAUCUGCUUUGUUUAAUGAAUAUCUAGAUCUGAACUGGGAUGACAAAAAAAUCAAACACAAUUUAACGUAUGAGAAAAAUCAGUUCUUGUACGCUGAUAAAUUUCAGUUAGAAGCUGUUCUGGAAAAUAUUUUCCUGACCUCAUGCACCAAACAGAAGAUUCUGGGUAAAAUAGAAACAAACUACUCCUCUUGCCUGGACUAUUAUAUGAGCUUUGAGUCCUGUGACCUUCCAAAUGUAAUUGUUUUCUCUGGAAAACACCAGCUCAACAAAGGCGACAUCAUUUUGCACUCAGAGGGCAGAUUCCAGCUUGCUGAUGGGAGAGAUGAGGGAUUGGUUGGAGUAUCCUUAAAAAAUAGGAGUACAGCUGAUGUGAAGAACUAUUCUUUGGAAAUUGAAUUAAGAGCCUUUGAAGAUAUCUGGCUAGGCCUGACAGGAACGGCUACUUCCUCAUCUGUUCAGAGCCAAAUCCUGAUGGAGGGGAUUAUUGAUCAGAAAGAAAAAGUUAAAGUAGCUGCUUCUAAAAGAAAGGAGUGUUUUCAGUACUACAUGGGGUAUUUGAAAGGGGCGGUGGAAGAAGGAAUGGAAGUCAGUGCUUGUACUGAUGGGCGGCAGAUGGCCACCCUUAAUACCUACCUCAGCAUUAAUGGUGAAAGGCAGGAAACCAUGGCACAAGUGACUCUAGCAGCUCUUAAUGGAAGCUUGAGCUUUCUGGCUCAUGGAUGCAGGGAUCCAGUUUUUAAGGCUGAGUACAAACUUAAUGAAAUUGGGAGCAUUUUGAAAACCAAACUGCUAGAGAAGAUAAAGAAGUUUGACGAAUAUAUGUGGAGAUUCAGGAGAUCAGUGCAGCAAAUUGAUUUUCUGUCUGAAGCAGCUGGCUGGCCUUCGAUAGCCUUGCAAAAAGUAUCAGGAUUCCUCCACAGUGUGGGUAGAGCUGUUGCCCGGGUGUGGAAGCAAAGUGGAAUCAGGCAGAUCCUGAGAAGCAAGCUCCCACUUUACCUGAAUAAAAUUCAAGACAUUGUCCAGCAAAUGCAGAAUGAAUUGCAAAGGCCAUUAGCAACUUUGAAGGAUGCCUACUACGAUGUAACCUUGAAGCCACUGGAUGAAGUUUGGCAAGAGAAGACAGAAGAGUACAUGAAGAAAAUCCAGGCUUUUUUACCCAAGAUUGUAAAAGAUGUGUGGCUAAUGGAACCUAUCCAGGUGGCAUUAAAGGUUGUGAAAGCAGGCUUGGAUAUGAGUACACACCAGAUGCUGAGGUGGGCAGAGGCCAUGUUUUCUAGAGCUGUGAGCAAGAUCCGGAAGCCUUUGCUCAACCUUUACAGUUAUUCAGCCAGGAACUGUUCGGUGGCAAUAAAACUGCCAGUACUUCCUAAAGCAGACCGCUCCCUGGAUCUGGCAAAUAUUACUAAUUAUCUCAUUGAAGAAAAGCUAAUGAGGCCUCUCCAAGACCUCUAUAAUAUCAACAUAGUUGCAGAGUAUUAUAGAUUCAAGCGGAGGAUGAUGGAGAGUCCCUUUGAAUAUCAUGCUAUGUUAAUGGGCACCAAGCAUAUUAUGACUUUUGAUGGAAAAUUUUAUGAUUUGGCAUCAAAGUGCAGUGUACUUCUUGCCAAGGAUUUUGUUCGCGAUACUUUCACUGUAAUACUAAACGAGGAAACUCGUAACUUAAGAUCCCUGUAUGUGGAGAUGAACCAGACCGUGAUCAGUAUCUACCCAAGACUGAAGAUAGCCAAGAUGUAUAACUUUUCCCUUAUGGAAGAGAACUGCCAAGUACUGGAUCAACCCCUUGAAAAGAAUACCAGUAAUUCAAGGAGAGAAACCAACAAAAUAGAAGUGUCUAAUCAGAAAGGAGUUUCUGUCUCUUGUGACUUUCAGUAUGAUCUGUGUACUGUCACUCUGGCUGGAUGGCACCACGGUAUUUCAGCUGGGCUUUUUGGUACCAAUGAUAAUGAAGCUGGAAACGAAUGGGUACUUCCUAAUCAUUCCUUCACUGACAACGUGCAGGAGUUCACCAAGAGCUGGCAGGUGAACAGGUGCAGUCUGGUACAGAAGAAAGUGAAGCCAUGUCCAGUUACAGGUAACCAAGGAGUCUGUAAAGUGUUUUUUGAAGAAUCACAUUCACUUCUUCGGAACUGCUUCAAAGUUGUGGACCCUGCGCCAUUCUACACCAUGUGUGCCUAUGACACCUGUCACUCACAGGAGCUGAAGGCUGCCUGCAGUUUAGCAGCAGCUUUUGUCCAUUUGUGCAACCGAAAUUUUGUCCCUGUGGAAAUUCCUCCUCAGUGCUUGAGCCAGUUCUGAAUGGCAGAUACCAGCCCGGAAGACGGAAGAACCCUUUCAGUGCCCAGAACAGGCUGUUGUAGGUAGACAAGCUAGAAGCAAUAGUAGGGACAGCAGUGAAAGUGUGAAUGAAUUAGUGUUAGGACUCUGAAUAUAAUGAAGCAUAUAUAUCUAGUGUACAAGGAAAGCUUUUCACACAGAAACACCUGAGGGUAAGAGGAAAGAUUUCAGUACAGUGCCAAGAAACUAUAAUCAACCAGAAGAAAUUGGACAUAAGAGUAUUGGUUUCUUUAAAAGAAUUCUCCCAUUCAGUGGCAAAAUUGCCUCUUCACAAGCCUUGGACCAUAGCAUGAAUACAUCUAAAAGAUGACAAAAGGUCUUUUCCAGCUCAGAUUAGUACAAGUGGGCUACUCGUGGCUUUGAACCUGUGCAGAGAUGCUGACUUCUUUUUUCUCUAGAACUGAUACUCAGUUCAGUCAAUUCUGGAGAAAGCGACUUUUUUCCAGGGAAGUGCCCCAGCAGACAAGAGGGCUAAGACAUAAGAUGGUUAAAUAAUUGGAAGCAUUUAAUAAUGUUCUCAUUUUUAUGCUUACUGAUGUGUACCUUGCUAAAUGAACAGAUGCCAAGAAGGCUGUCUCUCAUGUUUCACAUUCUCCUUCUAUGUCUGUAGAACGCCCUUCUCAGAUACCAGUUUACAUGUUGGGAAAAGGUGACUGAUACCUAUCCUACCCAUGACGUAGUCUUAAAAUGUUAUAUUGUUGUGUGAAAGUGUCUCAUCUGUUAAAUUACUAAGUUGCAUGUCUAUUGAUUUAAAAAAUGCAUUUCUCCAUACAGUACCAGCAAUGCAAUUAUUCCUUAGUAAAAAGUAACAUUGCAAAAUCCUGCAGAUGCCUUUGCAUAAUAUGCAAAGAUUGAAAUAAUGGUGUUCUGAAUGAUGAAAUAAUGUUAAUAAACGCUGGACUACCUUAUUUUU